CUGGUACGUUCUUCUCUCCAUCACUUUGUGUCCGUCUGAAUCCACAGCAACAACAUAGAAAGGGGGAAUUGAGAUACCAAGAUGCCUGAGAAAGUACCAGAGAGGAAAUCAAAGAUCUCAGCUUCUCGCAAGCUAAUGCUGAAGAGCUUGUUGGUUGCCACUGCCCAGGAGGCGCUGGAGCAGGAGUUAGAAGAAAAGGAGGAAGAGAAGGAAAAGUACCUGGAAGAACACACUCCUCCUAUACAUACCAGCUGCAUGUCGUUGGCAGAGCUAAAGACAUUAUGUGAAGAGCUGUAUGCCAAAAUAGACGUGGUGGACGAGGAGCGAUAUGAUAUUGAAGCCAAAGUCUUGCACAACACCAGAGAGAUUAAAGACCUGAACAUCAAGGUAGUGGACCUGCGAGGGAAGUUUAAGAGACCCAGCCUGAGGAGGGUGAGGGUUUCUGCUGACGCCAUCCUGCGCUCCCUACUGGGCUCCAAACACAAAGUCUCUCUGGAUCUGAGAUCGAAUCUUAAAUCAGUCAAAAAGGAUGACACAGAAAAGGAGAAGACGGUGGAGGUGAACGACUGGAGGAAGAAUGUGGAGGCCAUGUCGGGCAUGGAGGGCCGCAAGAAGAUGUUUGAUGCAUCAAUGGGUCAAAACCAGUAAAUGGCUGUUAGUGAAAGAAACAGCUGGCUCCAAAGAGUGCAUACAACACACAUUAAUGCAUAAACUCUCACUUCACAGGGCUACAGGGAAUAUUUUGGUACAUUAUAUAUUCAGUUCAUUACUGUGUGUUUUGUUGCAUUAUCAC